CAGCUUCUGGGCAACAAGCACAACUACGCGACCGAGUCAAAAUGUGAGAUCUUCGAAAUCUACUAUGAUGAAGAAUCAUACCCUGUUGGAAACUGGACUCGGUUGGGCCCCUAUGAAGUUUCCGCCCACUUCAAGAAGAAACUAUCCACGCCCCCCGAGAAUCUCAAAAUGAGAGCGAUUUUCUGUGACCUGCAGACAGUUCCCAAUGCUGCUUUCGGCUUCAGGCUCAACAUGACAAGACAGGACGCCCUCUGCAUGCUAGGUGCACUGCAGGUUUGUCCUCAAUUUUGCCCCUCUCUGUUUGGAGAGCCUGACUACUGGGCACCGGCCGUAAUCCGGUCACGAGAGAAGAGCGGCAAGGUAUAUCGGGCA